CACCUCGCACUCUCUGAAGCCCUCACCAGAGUCACCAGCCAAAGCAUCCAAAACGGCGACGUUCUUCGACAAAUCUCUGAAACUAUACACUGGGCAAAGUUAUCAAUAGAGAGCGGAUGGAGCAACCACGGCCAGGUCGUAGAGGAGCAGAAGCAGUUCUGAAUCUCCAACCCAGCUCUUCAAUUUCUAUUGCCUAUCACCCUCUCUUUGGUCCUCAUGAUGAUCUGAUCCUCCUUGAGCUUGAUGAGAAACUUGUCCCAGAUGUUCUCCAACAAAGGAUAACCUUAAGAGGACAGCCUGAUGAAGAUGCAGUUCUCUGCACUGGGUCAAAAACUUAUGCUGUGAAGUUUGUUGGGACUUCCAAUUCAGUAUUGCUUAUACCCCCUUCAGAUCAAUCAGAAUUUUGUGAAGAUUCUUUAGAUUGUGAUGGGAAAGAUGAUGGCGAACGAGGAGUUGUGUCUGUCAUCAAAGUUGCACCUGGUAGCAUGGAGCUUGUGGAAGUUGCUCCAAGACUUGACAAACUUAAAUUGCUUCUCUCUGUGAGUCCUUACAGGUUUGGGGAAGAGAUUGAAAUGGAGGAUUUGGAGGAGACAGAGAAAAGUAAUAGAGGGCUGUAUAAAUGGGACGAUCUUGUUCAAGAGGUUCAAGCUAGUGACGAUGAAUUAAGGUCUGGAUUACAGGCUCUUUCAGCGGUGGAGAUUGGUAGUUAUUGGAGAAUUGUCGAUGAGAAGUACAUGGACACAAUUCUGAGGAUGCUUUUACAUAAUUCAGUAUUAAAUGAUUGGUCACUUGAUGCACUUAAUGAGGAUGAAGUAGUGGGAGUGCUGGAAUCUGAUGGGUUUCCUCAAAAACUUGCACGGCAUUGUUUGGAUGUCUAUGGUAGUAAGGUGGAUGAGAGUGUGGGCAGCCAUGUGUGGAGGUUGGAUGAGAGGCGGGUAUGUGUGCAUUUUGCAAGAGAAAUUCUGAAAGAAGGGAAGAAGAAAACUGAGAGUUUCAUGGCAGAGUGGCUGCAAAAGAUUCCGGAAGGGAUGCGCGCAAGCUUUGAUAUGUUGGAAGGUGAAAUUUUGACAGAGAGGUUUGGUGUUGAGACAUGGGUUCGCCCCUUUAGCGUGUCUUCUCUGCCAUCUUCACCGGCCGAGCGAUUCUCCAUCCUUUUCAGAGAGCGGCCGAAAUGGGAGUGGAAGGAUUUGCAGCCAUACAUAAGGGAUCUGAAUGUACCUGGUCUUUCUUCGGAAGGUUUGCUCCUAAAAUACACUCGAAGAACACAGCCAACCAUGGAUGCGGAACCUGUUUUAAGUGCAAGAUAGUUUGGACAUCUAUCUCACUAGGUAUUUUCAGGUGUCAAUGUGUUUACCCUCUGUUGUUCCAAUAGGUUUGUGAAGAAAUGCACUUGGAGUAAAACUUAUUGAAGUUGUGCUCUUGUUAAUAUAGAUUAUAUCUAUAUGAUUCCAGCUAUUGUGUA